AUGAUGUCACUAUCACUGAAUAUAUCCACCGAUAAGAAGAGCGAAGUGAAUCUGGAAUCGCCGCUGACCCACCGCAAGACUGGGCUUAGGCAGAUUGCGGUCCACCACUACCACAAGCCUCUGCUGCAACCGGGAGUCCCCGCCGCCUUCCAGGGCCUGGCAGACGCCCCAGGCACCGAGGAGGUGGUCGCCGCCGAUCUCGACGACGUCGGCACGCUAGUUUUGGCCUUUGAGGGCGCCAACUUUCUUUUAGCCAAGGCGACGGGCGGCAAGAUGACGGAGCUAUACCACCACUUUGAUACCAAAGCCGAUAUCUUUCCCCUGUAUCUUGAGAUGAAGUAUCUCGAGUUGGCUGCUAAAACGUCGUGUAUCCAUACGGGAUAUUUCUUCACCAGCUACAACAUCCUGCCCGAGGCGUACUUCAAACGAGACUUGGGUAUCGAGGUCAUCCACAUGUUUGAUUAUACCUCGGAGCCGGGCUACGACGGCGGGUACGAGCUGCCUGCCAAGGACUUAGUAGAGAUUAUGACCAAGUAUCUGGGGAGGAGCUUUGAGAUGUUACUAGCCUGCUGCAAUAUUGCGCUCAUGGGGCGCACUUAA